UGAGGAGGACAUUGGAGUUUCCACAAGACUCCAGCUCACCUCUCCUGUACUCUGCAACCUACACCUCCAGAAGGAUCAUGACCUGCGGAUCAGGAUUCCGUGGCCGCGCCUUCAGCUGCGUCUCCGCCUGCGGACCCCGGCCCAGCCGCUGCUGCAUCACGGCCGCCCCCUAUCGCGGCAUCUCCUGUUACCGCGGCCUAACCGGGGGCUUCGGCAGCCGCAGCGUCUGCGGGGGCUUCCGUGCCGGGUCCUGCGGCCGCAGCUUCGGGUACCGCUCCGGCGGCGUGGGUGGCCUCAGCCCUCCCUGCAUCACCACCGUGUCAGUCAAUGAGAGCCUCCUCACGCCCCUCAACCUGGAGAUCGACCCCAAUGCGCAGUGCGUGAAGCAAGAGGAGAAGGAGCAGAUCAAGUGUCUCAACAACAGGUUCGCUGCCUUCAUCGACAAGGUGCGCUUCCUGGAGCAGCAGAACAAGCUGCUGGAGACCAAGCUGCAGUUCUACCAGAACCGCCAGUGCUGCGAGAGCAACCUCGAGCCCCUGUUCAGUGGCUACAUCGAGACGCUGAGGCGGGAGGCUGAGUGUGUAGAGGCUGACAGCGGGAGGCUGUCCUCAGAGCUCAACAGCCUGCAGGAGGUGCUGGAGGGCUACAAGAAGAGGUAUGAGGAGGAAGUUGCUCUGAGAGCAACAGCCGAGAAUGAGUUUGUGGCUCUGAAGAAGGAUGUGGACUGUGCCUACCUCCGCAAAUCAGACCUUGAGGCCAAUGCGGAGGCCCUGAUUCAGGAGACUGACUUCCUUCGGCGACUGUAUGAGGAGGAGAUCCGAGUUCUCCAAGCCCACAUCUCAGACACCUCGGUCAUCGUCAAGAUGGACAACAGCCGGGACCUGAACAUGGACAACAUUGUUGCUGAGAUCAAGGCUCAGUAUGAUGACAUUGCCAGCCGCAGCCGGGCCGAGGCUGAGAGCUGGUACCGCAGCAAGUGUGAGGAGAUCAAGGCCACAGUGAUCCGGCAUGGGGAGACCCUGCGUCGCACCAAGGAGGAGAUCAAUGAGCUGAACCGCGUGAUCCAGAGGCUGACGGCUGAGGUCGAGAAUGCCAAGUGCCAGAACUCCAAGCUGGAGGCCGCAGUGACCCAGGCGGAGCAGCAGGGCGAGGCGGCCCUCGCUGAUGCCAAGCGCAAGCUGGCCGGGCUGGAGGAGGCCCUGCAGAAGGCCAAGCAGGACAUGGCCUGCCUGCUCAAGGAGUACCAGGAGGUGAUGAACUCCAAGCUGGGCCUGGACAUCGAGAUCGCCACCUACAGGCGCCUGCUGGAGGGCGAGGAGCAGAGACUGUGUGAAGGCGUUGGGUCCGUGAAUGUCUGUGUCAGCAGCUCCCGCGGCGGGGUCGUCUGCGGGGACCUCUGUGUGUCGGGCUCCCGGCCGGUGACGGGCAGCGUCUGCAGCGCCCCCUGCAGCGGGAACCUGGCGGUGAGCACCGGCCUGUGCGCGCCCUGCGGCCCCAGCAAUUCCGUCACGUCUUGCGGCCUGGGCGCGGGCGGCGUGGGCUCCUGCGGCAUCAGCUCCUACGGCGUGGGUUCCUGCGCCAGCGUCUGCCGCAAAUGUUAGGCCUCCCAACGCAGGCCCCGCCCGGGCAUCUCUCCCCCGCAGCCCGGCAGGGCCUUCCCUGCAUGGCCCCGCCCCCUCCGCCGCCACCCCAGCUCUGGGUGGAGCAAGCCCUAGGCUUCCUCUCUCGUACUUCGGAAGGUCCGUCCCACUCCUGGCAUCUCACGCCUGUGCGUAAUGCCCUCUUCCUGGGUUCUGCCUCACGCUCUGGGAAAGGCUACCCUAGCAAACAGUCCCUUUGGCCACCACAGGAAGGGACCCCAGGGCAGGGAGGACCAAGACCCCACUCUGGGUUGUCGUGGGGCCAAUGGCCAGAGUCCCCACCCUGUCCCAGCAUCUCCCUUCCUUCUCUGCUGUGUUCACCUCUUCCAAGAUCUGUGUUUCCAAUAAACCAAUGUAGCCAACCCUGA